CCAUCUUUCCUAUUGACUCAUAACAAUUUCUUGGAAAUUUCACUUUCUUUUAACAACUUUCCAUUCCUCCUACUCCUAACCUUAACAUAUAGUAUAAACAUUUAUAUUAAGCCUUAUUUCAUUCAUAUUCAAGAAAAUUAAACCGCGGUGUAUUGUUGUCAACUCAACUAUAUAGUCGCACGUACCAGCAACAAGACGACUAUCUAAAUUUCCAAUGGGCAAUUCAUUAGCAUGUUUUUCUGAGAAAAAUCAAGCUACAAAAGUUAGAAAACACAACAAAAAUGGAAGAUCAUUCAAUGGUAAUGUUCCUCCUCCAUGUAUCUCAAGAUCAACUAGUCGAAAAUCGGAUAGAAUUUAUCCAAAUUCUUUGAGAUUUGAUCAGGGGAAAUGUGAUGAUGAUUUUAUUAGAGAACAAGCUCGAGUUGCUGCAGCUUUGUUACUACAACAUCAUCAACAAAAUGGAACACUUAGUCAAUUUGAACGUUCAGUUUCUCUUAGAGACAAUUUAACUUCCUCUAGGAAGCAAAAUAGGAUUCCUAGAAGCUCGAGUUGUCGUGCCAGAUCUCUAUCUGAUUCAAUUCCUCAGCAUCUGGAGCUUCUUCAUCAGGGUACAAAUGUUGAAAAUUUGAAGAAUAAACAUUUUGUUCUUGUACAUGGAGGUGGUUUUGGUGCAUGGUGUUGGUACAAAACUACAACACUUCUCAAAGAAGCUGGAUAUCAAGUUGAUGCUAUAGACUUAACUGGUUCUGGUGCACAUUUCUUUGACUCCAACAACAUUACUACUCUGUCCCAAUAUGUAAAACCUCUCACUGAUUUCCUUGAAAAUCUCGGCGACGAUAAGAAGCUGAGGAUUUAUCGGAAACAAUCUCUCUGCCCUCCUAGGGUACGGGUCAUAUUAGUCGGACACGAUAUAGGGGGAGCUUGUAUUUCUUAUGCAAUGGAGUUGUAUCCAUCAAAAGUUUCUGCAGCAAUUUUUGUUGCUGCAGCAAUGCUUAAGAAUGGACAGAACAUACUCGACAUGUUCUCCGUACAGCUUGGACUGAACAAUCUAUGUCAACGCGCACAAGUUUUUCGCUAUGCAAAUGGGAAGAAUGAGCCUCCAACUGCUAUAGAUUAUGACAAGUCAUUACUCAAAGAAGUAUUGUUCAAUCAAACCCCAACUAAGGAUGUUGAAUUAGCAUCAGUAUCAAUGAGACAAGUUCCCUUUGGACCAUUGACAGAAAAGCUUUCACUUUCUGCAACAAAUUAUGGUUCUAUUCCAAGAUUCUAUGUCAAAACACAAGAUGAUUUUGCAAUUCCUGCAUCUCUACAAGAAGUUAUGAUAGAUUCAAAUCAACCUGAACAAGUUUUCCAGAUUAAAGGGUCCGAUCAUUCGCCCUUUUUGUCGAAACCUCAAUCUCUCCACAAGAUUUUAGUAGAAAUUUCCAACAUUCCUCCAAAAAUGAAUCUCAAAACUACCAUCUAAAUAAAGAUGUAUAAUAGCCAAUAUGAUUCUUUUUCCAUGUCAUAUUCCUAUGUAUGUACAUAAUAUAAUGAUCAUCACACAUAUAUAGCAUGAAAUCAUUUUUGUAAAA